AUGCAGAUGACGGGCAUAAAGGAUGCUCCGACCGUGGACGAGCAUAUAGAUCAUGCAGGGGUGGGGUGGUAUCAGUUCCGAUUGUUCUUCAUCCUCGCUCUCCUGGUCAUGGCGGAUGGAAUGGAGAUGACAGUGAUUUCCAUGCUGAGGAAGCCGCUUUCUGAGGAGUGGGGGCUGGGCGAGAUGACCUUUGCCGCCAUCGGAAGCACCAUCUUUGCCGGUUUGCUCACGGGGAACCUCUGCGGAGGGAUCCUCGCAGAUAUUUUCGGAAGGAGGAACACACUGUUGGGGAUGGCCGUCCUCUUCUGCAUCUUCGGCUCCCUCUCCGCUGUUGCCACCGAUAUCAUCUCCUUCUCUGUCGCGAGAUUCUUCACGGGGGUGGGAGUGGGCUCCAUGAUCCCCGUGGCAGACGCGCUGCUGCUCGAGUGGUCGCCGACGCGGUGGAGGGCUCGGUUCGCCAUGACUCUGAUCGGGGUUGCGUUUGCGUUCGGGACCUUCUUUGCUUGCGUCGUUGGAAUCGUAGUCCAUGAGAGCAUGCCCGGUGACCAGCUAUGGUGGAGGUAUAUGCUCUUCAUCUGCAUCGUCCCGGGUCUCAUCUCCCUCCCGCUCAUGUUCUUGUUCAUCCCAGAGUCACCCCAUUACCUCUUCGUCCACGAUCGCAAGGAGGAGAUCAAGGCGCUGUUGACGACUCUCAACGAGGUCAAUGGGACAGAGAUGCAGGCGGGUGGAGAGGUCUGCCACUCACACGACCCCGCGAUCAGCGAGGACAACGAUAACACUUGGAGGUUCCUGGAGAUGUUUGGCAGCGACUUGUUGGGCUCUACCCUGUAUCUCACCAUUGCCUUCACCUCCUGCGGCUUCAUCUACUAUGGUCACAUCUUCAUCUAUCCCGUCAUGCUCGAGCAACUCUUUAACCUGGAGCUCAAGGAAGCCUACGAGGCCGUCAUGAUCAACAGCGGGGUGGAGUGCCUGGUCAUCUUCGCCAACAUCUUCUACAUGGACUCAUCGUACAUUGGGAGGCGAGGAGCGAUGAUCACUGGCUUCUUCCUCGUCUCUGUCUGCUGCCUCUUCGCAAGCGUGGAGACCACUCAGAUCCACUACUUCAUGGCUCUCAACGCCGUCGCACGUGCCAUGGUCGCGGGUCCCUUCACCGUCAUCUACAUCUACUCCGGUGAGCUUUUCCCCUCCACUCUGAGGGCUUCCAGCAUCGCCUUCAGCAACAGCUUCGGGCGUAUCGCUGCCAUGCUGUCUCCCCUCAUAGCAACCUCCGCCAUUCACGCAGGAGUCAACGCGGUCUACUACAUCUUUUCUCUGGUCGCCCUGAGCGCCAUGCUCGCUUCGGUCCUGCACACAAGAGAGACUCUGGGGAUGCCUCUCCUCCUCUACACCAGCGACGUUCGUCUGCUGAGGGAGGAGGACGAGAAACGGCCGCUGUUGACCCGAUACGUGCCGGCCAUGGCCUAUUGGAGGGACACACAGACGUCUUCGAGCGCAUGA